AUGGCCCUUUUCUCUGACCUGAAGCGGGGUAAGAACAGAAAGGGCGCCAAGGGCGCCGCCUCUGCCGCCAAGGCAGAGGGCCAGGAGGUGCAAAAGAAAGUGACCGAGGCCAAGGGCAAGGCCUCGACGGCUGCGACCCAACCCAGUGGGGCAGCCACCACCGCCACCUCGGGGCUCAAGGGCAAGGGCACUGAGGCGACGGAUGCGCUGACUGGCAAGGCCAAGGACGCGCCUGCGGGGCUCACGGGCAAGGCCAAGGACGCGCCUGCGGGACUGACGGGCAAGGCGCAGGACGCGUCGAAACAGGCACAGGAUGCGCCCAAGACGCUGGCGGGCAAGGCGCCGACCGCCUCCGGCGCCGAGUCCGCCGAGAAGGAGGCACUCACUGCCGAGAAGGAGACCGCGUCGGGGCACUCGCGGUCGCACUCGCUCGACUUCCGCCGCCGCCUCCGCAUGCCGAGCGGCAUGUCGCUCAACAGCAAGCAGGGCGGCGGAUUUGCGCCGUUCCGCCGCAACAAGUCGGGGCAGAAUAUCGCGGGCAACGCGUCGUCGAGCACCGUCGACUUGCUCAACACCCCGAACUCCAAGAAGGGCUCUACAUCGCAGAACGUGACACCGACCAGCACCAAGACGCGUGCCGCGAGCAGCGGCGUAAUUCCCCCGGUGCCGUUCCUGCCGGCCUUUAUGCGCGAGAAGGGCAACGCGAACGCGACCGCGACGCAGGACGAAAAGGAAAAGCAGACGCUCCUUAUGCCGAGCCCGUCGGACCUCGACGCGAACAAGGACAAGACCGGGGCCGCGCCGAGCAUUGCCGCGCUCACACAGGGGGGCGCGCCAGCGAAGGAUGCCACUAAGGACGCCAAGGAGGACACCUCGACCACGACGCAGCUGCCGGCUGCGACCACGUCGUCGGUGUCGACCUCGCCUACCGCCACGGGCGCCGCGCCGUCCAUUGCGGGCGCCAUGCUCUACAAGGGCCCGAUGAGCCCCACGACUACGACUACGACUACGACUACUACGACCUCUGCGCCGCUGCGCAGCGCGUCGUCGCCGGCCGUCCCGACGUCGUCGGCGCCUUUGACGACUUCGUCCGCCCCUCUUUCGUACCUGACGACGACGCGCGCCGCCCCUGUCGACGCGCCCAAGACCGAGACGCCCAAGGCCGACGUCUCGACCGACUCCGCCAAGCCGGAGACGACCACGAUCCUUCCCAGCUUCCUGCAGGCCAAGCCGCGCGUCAGCAACGAGGCCGACCGCUCGGCCGCAACGGUGAUUGAGCGCCCCGUGGCGGAGACCUCGGCGGCUAAGGAGACGGAGCCGGUUAAAGAGGUUACGCCUGUCAAGGCCGUGCCGCCGUCGCCCGCUUACUCGCGCUACACGGCCGUCACCGCCGAGGACCAUGAAGAGGACGAGGACGAGGAGGAAGAGGAAGACGACGACGACGAUGACGACGCGCGCUCGCUUGCCUCGAGCUAUGUGGGCACGGUCGAGUCUGCUGCGUUCACGCUGCCGAUGCACGACGCGCACGAGUAUCUCGAGACGCCCAGCGCGUCGGUCGCGCACGGUUUCGACCCCAAGAACACGCGCGUCGCGCCUGCGCCGCCGUUCGACGAGGACGUGGCGGACAAGACGGGUGACACGUCGCGUGCUACGCAGACACAGGUCGGCGACGAAUCGGCGGACACGGAGCACGCCGACUCCUCCAAGGCUGGUCUCUUUGGUGGCAUGUCGCUCGGUGCUCUUGCCACGGCCGGCAUGUCGAUGCUGUACCCCGGCAGCCGACAGGCGAGCGGCCAACACGCGCCGCUCGAGGACGAUGAGGCGGAGGUGAAGGGCGCCAAGGCUGCGCCUGCCACGGCCGCCGCGCCGAGCGAGGAGUCCGACUCGCUGUACUCGCAGUCGGACGCUACCGACAGCAAGCGCCCGUCGAUGAUUAGUGAGAAGACGGGCGAGCCCACGUCGACCUUCCCUAUUACGCGCCCGCUGGCCGGCUUCUCGAGCUCGACCAUGACGCCGACCAAGAAGGACUUUACGCUGGGCAAGAUGGCCAGCAAGGAAACUGUGCCUUCGCUCCCUGAAAAGAGCGAGGAGGCGCCGCGCCUGACGGCUGCCGACAAGGGCAAGGCGCCCGAGAUGCCGUCGGCGCUCCAGGACAACGCCACGGUCCCGAGCGUGCCUGCCACUGCGCAGCUCCCCGAGGUGCCUGCCAAGGACACGCUCGACAAGGGCAAGGCGCCCGCGGUCCCGGCCAAGGUGCCGGCCGUGCCGCUGGCCGCGCCCGAGAUCCCCAACGACCCGACUUCGGUGACGGAUGUCGUGACGGACAAGUCGCCACUGCCGGAUGCACCCGAGACGCUUCUGCCGGAGACGAAGGAGACCGUGCCGCAGGUGCCCAGCAAGGCGCCCGUUGUCCCAGAGAAGACGAUCGCCGAGAAGACGGAGCUCGAGGAGCCCGCUCCGGCAGAGGUCGUCUCGACCGAGGCGCUGCCGACCAAGCCGGAGGAGCUCACGACCGAGCCCCUGGCGAAGGACGCCGUCGACGUGCCGGCGGAGACCGCCGUGCCUGCGGCGCUCGCCAAGGAGGCCGAGUCGAAGGAGCCUCUGGUGGCCGCGCCUAUCGAGGAGACGGCUAAGCCCAAGGAGGCGCUUGCGGCUGCGGUGCCUGCCAAGGAGGAACCGGUGCAGGACUCGGAGCCUGUCAAGGCCGCUGAGCCUAUCCAGGCGGCUGCGCCCCUGAAGGCUACCGAACCUGUGGAGACCGAGCCUGUGAAGGAGAUCGAGCCUGUGAAGGAGACCGAGCCUGUGAAGGAGGCUGAGCCUCUCAAGGCCGCUGUGCCGGUUAAGGAGGCUGAGCCUCUCAAGACCGACGAGCCCGUCAAGGAGGCCCUUGCGGAGCCCACCAAGACGGUGGAGCCUGCCAAGGCGACCCCUGUGGAGCCCACCCAGACCGUGGAGCCUACCGAGACUGCGGAGCCCACCAAGGCCGCUAUCGAGCCCACUACCGAGACUUCUGCCGAGUCCGCCGACAAGUCCGACACGGUCACGUCGACGAUCGGCGGCGCCGCUGCCGGCGCUGCUGCGGGUGUUGCUGCCGGCAUGGCCUACCUGAAGAACGCUACGCUCGGCCCCCGUGCCGAGCAGCGCGACACGGACAAGGAACCUACAUCGGCACCUACGCUGCCGUACGCCUCGACGACGGCGCCUACGCUGCCGUAUGCCUCGACGACGCCUGCUGCCCAGGCGACCUCGACGGCGCCUACUUCGACGGGUUCCACGACGCUCCUUCCCCCCUUCCUGCCGGGCCACGACGUGAAGCGCAGCGACGUGCCGACCAAGUCGGUCGAUGCGCCCGCCGAGAUCUCCAAGACCGAGGCUCCUGCCGCUACGGCGGUGCCUGCGUCCACGUCGGCGCCUGCGCCUGCGCCGGUUCCAGUGCCCGAGCCUGUGGCUCCCUCGGCGCCCUCCGAGGCGCGCCCCGAGGACCUGCUGGUCGAGCCGCGCAAGCCCGAGACUGUCACGCCGAGCUCGUCGGUGCCCCAGACGAGCGCCACGCCGAGCUCGUCGGUGCCCCAGACGGGUGCCACGCCGAGCUCUGCGCCCAAGCCAAGCACGACGCCCAAGGCAGAGGUCCCGUCGCACCUCGCGACGGCGCCCGUCGCUGCGCCCGAGCCCGUGCCUGCGCGCUCGCCCGAGGACGACAAAAAGCCGCGCCGCAAGAGCAAGCGCUUUAGCUUCGACAACCGCAACUCGGGCCUCUUUGCCAACGUGCCGUUCCUGUCGCGCCACUCGAAGCGCAGCUCGGUCUCGUCCGGCCCUGAGCCCGAGGCGGAGCCCGAGACGGGCGCCAAGCCGCAGGUGCCGCAGAAGGACCCCAACCGCCUCUCUGCGCUGCAGUCGCUCUCGGGCGUCUCGAUGCGCGACGCCGCAGACCGCAGCGGCAGGCAUCUGCCCGGCAGCGACGCCGAGCUGCCGCAGAUGCCGCCUGUGCCGACCGCGCCGUCGAUGAAGGAGCUGUCGUCGCCGAAGAAGCCGCUUGUGCCGGGUGUGCCCAAGACCCCCAAGCGCACGUCGGCAUCGGCGCCCAAGUCGACAACGCCGAGCGCGCUGCCGCCUGUCCCUGCGGCGCCAGCUCCGAGUGCGCCGGCCCCCGAGCUCGAGGAGCCCGAGGUGCCGAACACGCUCGCCCCUGCGAACGUCUCGAUGACACCGCUUGCGAUGCGCGAGUCGGAGCAGGCUGCCGAGGAGCCCGUGAUGGAGCUCCCAGAGACCUCUGCGCCCGCGCCCGUUCCCCAGGCCGUGAUGGUCGACCCGCCGACGUCGCACGCCCCGACCGGCGUCGAGCCGACCCCUGUGCCCGAGGAGCCCGAGGCGGUGCCCGAGCCUGCGCCGGUCCCGGUUGCGGUGAACGUGCCUGCGCCGGCGUCGUACAGCGCGGUGCCUGUGCAGCAGUACAUGGAGCCCGUGCGUGCGCCCGCGCAGACGUCGCUCCCUCGCUACAUUUCGCUCGAGACGGAGCUGUCGACUGCGCCGCAGUCUGGCUACGCGCGCCAGCUCGAUAAUGUGCAGACAGGCUACGCGCGCCAGCUCGACCAGGUGCAGCCUACCUAUGCGACGCAGCACGAUAUUGUGCGCCCGACGUAUGCGAAGCAGCUCGACGACGUGCAGCCCUCUGCUGAGCAGGAGGAGCACGACAGCAAGGUUGAGGCGCUGCUUGCGCCUCAGCUUGACACGGAGCCGCCUGCGGAGCACGCCCACGAUCACAGCCACGGCAAUGUCGAGGCGCUGCUUGCGCCCCAGCUCGACACGGAGCCGCCUGCGGAACACGACCACGAUCACAGCCACGGCAACCUCAAGGCGCUGCUUGCGCCUCAGCUCGACACGGAGCCGCCCGCGGAGCACGCCCACGAUCACAGCCACGGCAAUGUCGAGGCGCUGCUUGCUCCCCAGCUCGCCACGCACGAGCUUGAGAAGGAAGAGCAUGCGCAGGCCGACGAGCACGACGUGAAUACGGUGCUUGCGCGCCAGCACGCGUCUGCGCCGCAGUACGCGACGUCGCUCGAUGCCGCGCCGGUCGCUGUCCCGGUCGCCGCGCCGGUCGCUGUCCCGGUCGCCGCGCCGGUGUCGGCGCCGUACGACCCCCAGCCGGUGCAGGAGGGCUUCCCGCGGUACCUGCAGACGGUGCCCGAGAGCGAGGAGCAGGCCGGUGUGCCCGAGGUCGACGAGAGUGUCGUCAGCCAGCCAGCGCAAUACGCCGACGCGCACGACUCGGUUCCUCCCGUGCCUGUUGCGGUGUCUGUCGCCCCCCCUGUCUCGACGCCGUCGGUGCUGCGUGGCUCGGCGGCGUACGACCCCGAGUCGAUUUCGCACUUCCUCAGUGCGAUGGACGAGCUGGACUACUCGCGUGCGGUCGUGCGUGCCUCGUCGCUCGGUGUGCCCCUGUCGCAGAUCCCCAGCAACAUUCCGACUGCGGCCCCCCCCGCGGUUGCGCCGACGCGCCCCGUCGAGGAGCCGCUGCGCCCCAGCGAGCGCUUUGCCGGCAAGGGUGUGCAGUGGGACUCGGACGACUGGCUGCGCAGCCAGGUGCGUGGCGCGAGCACGGAGCAGCAGCGCGACCUUGACUCCUUCCUCAAGGCGCGCCGCCAGUACGUGCCUACGUUUGCCAAGGACUCUGCGCUCCCCCCCGUUCCCCCCAAGGAUGUGGAUGCGAAGCGCGACUCGAUGGCGGGCCGCCGUCUGUCGCGCAUGAACUCGACCGGGAGCAACUUUGUGCUCUUUGACCAGUUCCUUUCGUCGGACUCGGAGCCGAUCGACACCCACCUCUUCAACCUUGACGAGCUCGAGGAGGCCCACAAGAUCAAGACGACGCCGCAGAUGCCCAGCGAGCCCGUCAUGGAUCAGCACGAGCGCGACGUGCACAUUACGCACACCGCGCUCCCCGACCUCCCUGCCGAAGCGCACGAGCCCAAAGCGCCCGAGCCUGCGGCGUACGAGUCCAAGGCGCCGCCGUUUGUGUACGAGGCGACGAAGCCUGCCGCAAAGCGCGAGAGCGUGCCGUACGACCAGUUUGGUGGCGCCCGUCCCCUGUACGAGGUGGACGAGGAGCGUACCGCCCAGCCGUACGAGCAGCAGCCGUAUGAGCAGCAGCCGUACGAGCAGCAGCCGUACGAGCAGCAGCCGUACGAGCAGCAGCCGUAUGAGCAACAGCCGUAUGAGCAACAGCCGUAUGAGCAGCAGCCGUAUGAGCAGCAGCCGUACGAGCAGUACGCCGGCUACGAGCAGCCGGCGCAGCCGUACGAGCAGCCCGCCGAGGCGUACGAGCAGCCGUACGCUCAGCAGCCGUACCAGCAAGGCUACGAGCAGCAGUACGAGGGCUACGAACAACAGUACCCGGGCUACGAACAGUACCCCGGCUACGAGCAGCAGUACGCCGGCUACGAGCAGUACGAUCCCCAGUACGCGAACUAUGAGCAGCAAGGCGCCUACCCCGGCUACGACCAGCAGUACGCCCAGCAGUACCCACAGCAGCCCUACGCCCAGGGCUACGAAGGCUACGAGCAGGCGUACCCCGCGUCGGAGGCUCGUACGCAGCGCCCGACGCAGCCGGCGGCGGAGGCGCGUGCCCAGCGCCCCACCCAACCGGCGGCGGACGUGCGUGCCCAGCGCCCCACCCAACCGGCGGCGGACGUGCGUGCCCAGCGCCCCACCCAACCGGCGGCGGACGUGCGUGCCCAGCGUCCCACCCAACCGCGCCCGCCGCAGGCGCAGGCGAUGCAGCCCGGCCAGACGUACGACUCGCUGGCACAGUCGUCGUACGACGGCUACGCGAAGCGCCCGCCGCGCGUUGCCGAGUCCGCGUCGAUGGCGCCGCUGCACAAGCGUGGCCUGCCGACCUCGGCCUACACUGAGCCCGCGUCUGGCCGCCCCGGCCGCCGCGCGGACCCCUCGAUGGAGCCCCCGGUGCUCUCGGCGCCGAGCGUGCGCGAAGGCUACGGCCAGCCCUCGACGUCCACCCCUUCGCUGUCCUCCGCCGGUGGGGCAACCGCUGGGCGGCGCUUCUGA